AUGAAGUUCUCCCAUUCGUUGCAGUUUAAUGCAGUGCCGGAAUGGUCGACGAAAUAUAUCGCUUAUUCGCAGUUGAAAAAGUUGAUUUAUACCCUCCAAAAGGAGAAACUAUACAAAUCUUCUUCUGGAAGCCCAGAUUUGGAAAGCACCCCACUGACCGGCGGAUCAGCCACGGAUUCGUACGAACAGCGGUUUAUUGAGGCCUUGGACAAGGAAUUGGAGAAAAUCGACACCUUCUAUACCGCGCAAGAGGCAAGCAUUUUGGCAAAUUACUCGGAAUUGUACGAAGACGCAAAUGCAUUCCAAAAUGAGUUGAUGAACAGAUCGCUCCACAACCCUAGCGUGUCUGAGUCCGGAAGGAGAAAUACCCGGAGAUCGUCCUCUGUGUCUGAUAUCAAUGCCCAGACUGACGGCGGGAUGUACUCGGAAGACGAUGACGAAGAAGACGAUGUGCACAGUCUGCCGGGACAGCUGCAAGGGCAGACCCAGGGACAGCCACAAAUAAGGUCACGGACCGCGUCCAUUGGAUCAAGAAUCAUGCAGUCGAUGACCGCUGAGAUGAUGCCCACUUACUCGAGAGUAACAGACUUCACAACAACAGACCCGCUUAUUGAACAACAAAUCACCCUAAAGAAAAGGAUCGUGGCAUGCUUCACGCAAUUGUCGGAACUAAAGUCCUUCAUCGAGUUGAACCAAACUGGUUUUGCAAAGAUUUGUAAGAAAUUCGAUAAGUCCUUGGACACUCACAUCAAACCCGAAUACGUCAAGAGCCUUGCCAAGAAGUCGCACGUCUUCAACGAACACACAAUAGAGAAUUUGUCCCACAGCAUUAACGAGGUCAUCGUUAUGUACGCCAAAGCAGUGGGAUAUAUGGACUCUCAAAACGAAAUAAUCAACUUCCAAGAAGCUGAAAGAGAGCUUUCGCUGCACUUGAGGGAACACGUCGUUUGGGAAAGAAACACCGUUUGGAAGGAUAUGAUGAAUUUGGAAAGAAAAGCUCAAAAUGUCAAGGCAGAAAAAGUAGGUAAAAAGAGCUCUUCGAUGACCUUUAAAAGCAUUUCAAAGGAUACGGAAGGUAUCGUAGACCUCAUCGAAUCUUCAGAAGUACAAGCUCCCAAAACACUGUCAGAUCUCUUUAAGCUAUCCUUUUCACAGUAUGUCAAAUUGUUCUUCUCUUCAAAUGGUUUGAUAAAGUUCAUACUGAUAUCCCUAAUCUUCGCAUUCUUUUUAGUUGUCUCCCCAAUGAAGGAUCCAUUGCAAAAAAAUUGUUUGGCUAUCUUGAUUUUCGCUUCGCUAUUAUGGGCAACUGAAACAAUCCCAUUGUUUGUCACCUCUUUGCUAGUACCUUUGCUAAUUGUCGUUUUACCAGUGCUAAAGGAUGGCUCCGACGGCCAUAUCAUGACACCAUCCGAAUCCUCUCAGUAUAUUUUGUCCACAAUGUGGUCCAGUGUUAUAAUGUUAUUGCUCGGUGGUUUCACCUUGGCCGCAGCCCUAUCAAAAUACAAUAUUGCCAAAGUCUUAUCCACCCACAUUUUAUCAUCUGCAGGUACAAAUCCUAAAAUAAUUCUUUUAACAAAUAUGGGUGUCGCACUAUUCGCUUCCAUGUGGGUCUCAAAUGUUGCUGCUCCAGUUUUAUGCUACUCUAUUAUCCAACCUUUAUUGCGUACUCUACCAAGAGGAACAACUUUCGCCAAAUCUUUGAUUUUAGGGAUUGCCUUGGCAUCUAACAUUGGUGGUAUUGCCUCCCCAAUCGCCUCUCCUCAGAAUAUCAUUUCCAUCGGUAUGAUGGAUCCACAACCUUCUUGGGGUCAAUGGUUUGUUGUUUCCUUGCCCGUUUGUGCCAUUUGUAUCAUAGCCAUUUGGGUCUUAUUGCUUUUAACUUUCCCACCAGAUAGCAAUCUAAAGAUUUUGAAGUAUCAUCCAAUUUCAGAUCCAUUCACCGUCCAACAGUGGUAUGUCACAGUGGUCACUAUAAUGACCAUUGUGCUAUGGUGUAUGGCCAACCAACUUAAAGGAAUCUUCGGAGAAAUGGGAAUAAUAUCCAUAAUUCCAAUGUUUUUAUUCUUCGGAACAGGAAUUUUAACCUCUGAUGAUUUUAACAACUUCAUGUGGACUAUUGUCAUCUUGGCAAUGGGAGGAACUACGUUAGGAAAAGCUGUAACAUCUUCUGGCUUACUCUCAACUAUAGCUUCAGUGAUAAAGGAGUCAAUUGAAAGUAAACCAGUGUUCCAAAUUGUUCUAAUAUUUGGUAUUGUAAUUUUGACUAUGGCAACAUUUGUUUCGCAUACUGUAGCAGCAAUGAUUAUCGUACCAUUAAUGAAAGAAAUCGGUGCCAAUCUACCUGGUGGAGACCAUUCAAGAUUAUUGAUUAUGGUUUCCGCAUUCUUAUGUUCAGCUGCAAUGGGUUUACCUACAUCUGGUUUCCCUAACGUUACUGCUAUUUCAAUGAUUGACGAUGUCGGUGAUAGAUAUUUAUCUGUGAACAACUUUAUCACGCGCGGUGUACCAGCAAGUAUAAUCGCAUAUACUGUUAUAGUUACUGUCGGGUAUGCCUUGAUGAAGUUAAUAGGUUAUUAG